AUGUCCUGCGCUCUCAAUCCUGAUGGCUCCCUCAAGGAUGCAUCUGACAUCAAGUUUUACAACGAUCCUGACGACGAUAUACCCUUGCCCAAUGUCCCAUCAUCAAGCAACACUUUCCCUGUUCUACUCAAGGCUGGAUGCACCCUAGCCAUUGUUGUAGCUGGUUCUCGGCACUCUGGCCGCCCUUCAAAGCCGUUGGCUCACAUUCGUGAUGCUGACAAUGCCUGCGGGCUGUCAGCAUCAGGCUCCAGCACAAGGAAAUGUACUUUGUCAAGCGCUACAGACCCUCCAGUGCCCAUCAAAAAAGCCACUAUGCUCCGACUAAUGAAGGCCGCUUACCGGAAUGGACAUCUUUCAGCGGCUACGGAGGCAGAGGAGUAUGUAGCUUAG